GGAGCUGUCACAACUCAGUCUCUCCUGUGUAAGUUACUGAGUUGGGCAGCAAGAACACACACAUCACCAACAACCAUGCCGUCGCAGAGAACGCAGGAGUGGAUGCGCACAUCCCUGCGCACCCCGGGCAUCCUGAUCUUCGGAAUGGUCAUGGCUCCCUGCGGAUGGAUCCUAAACCUAACUGCCACAGUGGCCCCAAACUGGAGGACCCUUAACGCGCUUCCCUCACGCCCGUUGAAUGAGUACAUCCAGCAGGGCAUCUGGGAGAUCUGCAGGGCCACCACAGUCGAGACGAGGGCGGACUGCACUCUGCAGGACACCGAAUAUUUCGGGAACCAGGUUAUCGAGGUGGCCCAGGGUUUAAUGGUGGCCUCCCUCAUCGUGACUCUAAUCGGGCUGGCAGUGGCCAUCCCUGGGGUGCGCUGCUGGACAGACAGGCCUAACUGGUUGCUGGCUGGCCUGGGCGGAAUCCUGAUCUUCCUCUCCGGGGUCAUGACCAUCAUACCCAUCGCCUGGUACACCCACAUCCUAAAAGAAGUGCCAACGACGUUCCCUACCAUAGAUGUGCGCGUGGGCUACUGCAUCAUUCUGGGCUACAUAGGCGGGAUCUUUGAAAUCCUGGGCGGCUUCGUUAUGUUCAUCGGGAUCUGCCGGUGCUGCGGAGGGAAGAACCGAGGGGAGAAGCGGGUGGAGCAGGUCACCGGAGCCCGCUUCGCCAGCAGGAGACAGCCUGCGAGAAGAGUCGAAGUGCCGAGCCUGGACCGGGCCCGGAGCGAGGCCAGCAGCGUCCCGUACUCGAGAGACUCCCUGGAUGAAGAUGUGUCCUUCCCCCGGGCCAAGAGCACCGCAGCCCGGUCAGCGAACACCUCAUACGGCGGCAGACCUUAUGAGGCAGACCUAUGAGAAGAACACACUACAGGAGAGGAACACGACGUAAAAUGGAUAUUAAAUAAAGGACUGAGAGUGGGAAACUUUCUAGGAAGAUGGUCAACUUUAUAUUACAAGUAGAGUUUUUUAUAUUAUGGAGUAUUGUUACAUAAGACAUUAUACCAACACUUAUUUUAGGCCAUAAAAGAAUAUGUCAGUGGUGCCAAGAGAUUAACACCUUGUGAAAAAACUGUAAACUCACAUGUAGUCUAUACAUUGAGUUAGCCACAUCAUUAGGACAGUAAUGGGCUACUUGAAGGCAAACAUCUAUAAUAUUGUUAAAUGAUGUGAGAGUGAGCCAGGGCUAGUAAUGAGACCCAUAAUAGCUGGGUUAUGAUUUAUACUUACAUCAUGAUACUGGAGUGUGCUUCAAGCAGAGCAGUGCAGGUGGAGAUGUGGUGGAUAUUAGAAGGAAAGUAAAAGGUGAAGAAUUCAGUGUUUUUCUACAUUGCCAACUUUUCCCCCCUAAUGUUUUAAUGUAAAUACUGUAUUCUUAUGCACUUUAAGAUUAUGGCCAACCUUGUAGGACAACAGGCCACCUGUUGAAAAAGAAAGGUGAUCAAUAUUGUUCUCAUUGCUCUGUGAUACAAGUGUUGUUUAUUAAAUGUGCAAUGUUUCCUAAUAA